AUGGGCAAGGAUUCUGGAUUUGGGCAUGGUGCAAAAAUGAAAAGGCUGAGGAAUUUCUGGAUGGUGACUGCGGAAGCCUUUGGGCCACUGAGGGGAGAACGAGAUGUGUCUGUGGGUAUUUCAAGAGGUUGGGAGAACCCACGAGCGGUUUCCUCAGUCUGCAGCACCCAGUUCGGGGCCACUGGGGGCGUGGCCCGACGGCGGGUCUCACCAGAACAGCCUGGGCGCUUGCGCUUUGACAGGCUGAGACCCCCACUCCUAAACCAGCAGCUAGACAGGGACCCCAAGCCAACUCGGCAGACUGUUGGUCACCAGUGUCAGCUCAGAAUUGACUGGUCCCUCCAGCAGGACAGUUCUAUGUUCAGGGAGCCAGAUCCACCAGUUAACUCAGGCAGUGGCGCAGGCCAGCAGCCAGUAGAGGGUGAUGAGGACACCUCUGUUCAGGCUCCUCCAGGAUCGAGCUUGGGCCCACCUUGCCUGGAUACCAACCAAGCCUCAAGCUGGCCUGGGUUUCGGACCCUCCUGCAGCAGUUUCCCCCACAGGACAGUGAUGAACGCUACUGUCUGGCCCUAGGGGAGGAGGAACUGACCCAACUGCGGCUCUUCUGUGCCCAGCGGAAGCAGAAAUCCAUGGGACAGGGGGUGGCCCGCUUGUUACCUCCCAAGCUUGAAGGAUACACCUGUGAGAAGUGCAAGAAGCUGCUGAAUCCAGGAGAGUACGGAGUGUUUGCGGCCAGGGCUGGUGAGCGGUGCUGCUGGCACAGACCUUGUUUUACUUGCCAGGCCUGUGGGCAGGCCCUGAUAAACCUCAUCUACUUUUACCAUGAUGGGCAUCUCUACUGUGGCCGCCAUCAUGCAGAGCUGCUGCGACCUCGAUGUCCCGCUUGUGACCAGCUGAUCUUCUCUCAGCGCUGUACCGAGGCCGAAGGACAGCGCUGGCACGAGAACCACUUCUGCUGCCAAGACUGCGCCGGGCCUCUGGGUGCAGGACGUUAUGCCCUGCCCGGGGGCAGCCCCUGCUGUCCCAGCUGCUUCGUGAGCCGCUACCGGAGUGCAGAUUCUAGCUCAGAAGAGGCACUGGAAGGCCUAGCGUCCCUUGGGGAAACAGAACCCGAUUCAAGCGUCGACUGGAACAGUGCCUCCUCGGAUGGCAAGAUCACCUCCCAAGUUACACUUCCCUCUACAGUCGUCAGCUCCACUCUGGAAACCCCGAGUGGGGCGUCCAAAGGGCAGGGCCGAGGGCGCCCAAAGACUCCCGGAAACGCCAAGGAGCACAGCCCCUGCCCCACCUGCUCCUCUUCCUCUGAGUCGGAACCCGAAGGCUUUUUCUUGGGCCAGCGCCUUCCAGGUCCCUGGAAGUCCCCCCAAAACCUCCAGACAGAUGACAGAGACAUCUCCAGGAAGCACUGCACCAUUUGUUAGUGGGGCGGCA